AUGUCUUUCUUUGAAACGGGCGCCCGCAACUUGGGGAACAGGAGCGCAGCAGGAUGGAAAAAAAGGACGAGGUUUUGGAGCGGAGGUGUAGGAGAUACCUCGAAACGACGGAAGAGGAAUAGCAUGACAUGGUCGUUGAUAAAAACUGGAUCACCAAGUCGCCAAAAAGGCCGAAACAAUAAUCCAGGAACAGAAAACCCAUCCGCGAACGGUUCCAAGGGCGCGCUAGGGGGCCCCGGAGAACUGGUGAAGAAUGGAAGGAAUGGAUCCAAGGGUCAACAACACCCAUGA